UUUGGUUUUUUCCACUCGCUGUCAAAGGAAAAUAUCUGGCCGCAGCAAAAUCGCACCGUGUCUGCGUACGGGAAAAUCGAAAGCAAAAAUGAGCCUAUUCCUGCGUUCAGUGGCGAGAGCUGGUGCUACGCAAUGGAUGCGUGCAUCACUCUCGACGUCAUCGAUCGCGUUCAAGGAUCCGAAGGCACAAAAGGAAGCCCCGAUACUGGACGCUAGCGUUGUUCUCGCCGAUGCAGAGGAGCGUGCCCGUGACCACCUUCCCACGAUCACGGUGCCGACCAAGGUCGAUAUUAGCCCCAUUACUGGCGUGCCGGAGGAGCACGUGAAGGAGCGUCGGGUGCGCAUCUUCAUGCCGGCCAAGAACGCGAUGCAAAGCGGUACGGACAACAUCCACCACUGGAGCAUCGAGUUCGAUAACCGCGAGCGCUGGGAGAACCCACUGAUGGGAUGGUCCUCAACCGGUGAUCCAUUGUCGAACAUGCGCGUCGACUUCACCAGCGCCGACGAGGCGAUCGCCCACUGCGAGAAGAACGGCUGGAGAUGGUUCGUGGACAAGCAGGAGGUGCAGAAGAAGCCGCGCGUCAAGAACUACGGCAUCAACUUUAGCUGGAACAAGCGUACCCGCGUGUCGACCAAGUGAGAAGGUGUUUUAAAGAAGAAGAAGAAGAAUCGUGGACAUCAAACAAACCGGUGCCGUUGUUAGCUAUCGUUGUAAAUAAGAGACACCUCCUUAAAAAUCGUGUCAAUGAA